UAAAGUAAAUCUUUUGGUCAUACAAUCAAUUAAGAUGUCAAAUAAGACUGGACACGAGUGCACAGAAGAAAAAAAGAAAAGACUUCACACUUUAGACAUUCGAUUAGCUUGUGGUUGUGUGCACAUCUUUUCCGUUUUCUUUUUUUUGCUCUUUGCAUUCGUGUUCUCUCAGUUCUCUCAACCCAGUACAAGUUAUCAUCAGUAAGCUAUUGAUUUUAUGUUCACGUCAUUUCAUAAUUAGCCUACUGACACAAUUUAUAUAGUAAGAUUUAGAAUAGAUUAGAUUGAUUAGAUUAGAUUAGAUUAGAUUAGAUGCUUUACUGGCCGAGUCGUUUCUUUACUCCUAUAUGCCUUCACCACACAUGACUGAAAGCAUGACAUCAUGGCAUAACUAUUUUCAUUAUCUUUCCAGUUAACCGGUCAGACAGACGCCUAAUGAUUUUAUUAAUAAUGAUCUUUACAGUCAGAUCUUGAGGAACAAUCAUAUUGCAGUGAUCGGAUCUUUUGGAUGUACUGAAUACGAAACAAAAUUUAACAAUAAAUAAUUUGUGACAAAGUGAAACUGAUCGCUUUUAUACACACCUACCUUUUAAAAAAAAAAACACACGCAGGUUUGUCAGGAUGUGGUCGUGGUGAAAAGACCUCUUUAGUCCAUCUGAACAGUGUGAAAUGCACCAAAUACUCUGCAACAUCACCGGCGAGCAACAGUAACAGACAUGUUCUCUGGGGUUAAACAGUGGAUAUUGUUCCUGUCGAUGUGGCACAUUACAUCCAUCACUGUUACAGGUGAAAAUCUGUGCAAAAGAGAACUUUUAAAAAGCACUAACGUUUCUGCUGAGCUCCAGUCUGAUGUCCUGCUGCCGUGUAACUUCGAUCCAGUUCUCCUCCGAUCAGAUAAGUCUGCAGAUGUAGUAGUAGUGUGGAGACAGAUAAACACAACAACACACGGUUUACUGGAGAUCAGUCAGCAUGGACAAGAGAUGUACUGGAAUUAUAGAGAUGGACGUGUUAAGCAUUUUCCCAAGCUCUCUGCAUCAGGAAACUUCUCCAUCCUUCUUAAGAAAGUGCAGCCGUAUGAACUGGGUCUCUACACCUGUGAGCUUUAUCAUGGGACCAACUGCAGUAUUGGGUAUCAGGAGAUACAGCUGGGUCAAAGCAAACAUCAAUGGUUGACCCAGAAAUGGCCCUUUAUCGCAGGAGGAGCAGCAGUUGCUCUUAUCUUUCUUUUGGUUUUCACAUGUGUGGUAAAACGUGCUUGUUCCGGUGCAUCAAAUGACGCCGUCUAUGCAAACGCAAGAUUCGAAAAAAGAAAUGCCAAGCAGCUCAGUAAAGACAAACACAACUGUCAUCCGCGUAGAAAUAAAGCUAAAAAGGAAGUUUGCCCCAACAAUCCUCAAAACCACAAUAACAUCUACGCCAACAGUCGCAUGCAGGAUGGAGACACUUACGUCAACAAGCCACACUGAAAACUACUGAUGGUGUUCAGUGUAUACAUUGUUGUGAAUGUUGCUGCAUCCUCGCUCUUUUUACGCAGAGAUUAUUGUAUUAUUUUAUGGAAUUACAUAUUGAUAGACAAUUUGGCCAAAAUUAUCUGGACACCUGGAACUAAUUUGCCAUAAGUUGAAUAGUCCAGAAUACAUUUGUAUGUUGUAUCCCUUCACUGAAACUAAGUGAGCUCCAUGAAGACAGUCUGUCGAGGAUGGAGUGGAAAACCCUUAUAUCUUCUCACCAGACAUUAGUGCCUGAUCUACAAUCUACAAUCUGACAUUGUAAGAGGUUGUGGAGGUUAAUAUAACAGCAAAAUGGGGAUUUAAUCUGGAAUGGGAUGUUAAAAAAUCACAUAUGGCUGUGAUGGUCAGGUGUCCACAAACUUUUGGCAAUAUAAUAUACAAAUUAGGGGGGCACGGUGGCUUAGUGGUUAGCACGUUCGCCUCAC